UUCUUCCUCCUCCUCCUCCCGGGCGCGCCGUGGGCCGCUCUGGGCUGGGAGCGAUGGUUUUUAAACCUGCCCGGGGCUCUCGGCAGCCGUCGGCGUGCUGGCCGGGGCGGAGCCCAACAACACCCCCGGCCCGGGGUAGAGGGGCUGCGAAGGAGCCCGCGCUCCGUCCUGAGGGGAUGAGGGCGACCCCGCUCAGAGGCAGAGGGGCGCUCCGCGGCCGGCCCGCUGACAAACGCCCCUCUUCCCCCUUACACCGGGACCUCCUCACCCCUUACACUGCAGGGCCGGACAGAGCGGGAGGAGCCGGCCCCGGGGCCUCCGGGUAUUCCUGUGGCGGGGCCGCGGCUGCCGGCAGGUACUGGAGCUGCUGUGCGCGCCGUUCAGGCAUACGGCAGGCAGUGAGGAAACUGCCGCGGCGUUGAACUGGGCUCUUACAGGGGGAGAAAAAUGACACAGGAGUUUUAAACUUAGAGGACUCAUAAUGGAAGACACAGAAGGACAUAAUUUCAACUCAGUAGAAGAGGAAACCGGAUACUGGAAAGAGUUGGCUAUGAAAUACAAGCAGUGUGCUGAGAAUACACAGGAGGAAUUGCGUGAAUUCCAAGAAGGGAGUCGAGAGUAUGAAGCUGAACUGGAAACUCAGCUGCAGCAAACAGAGUCCAGAAACAGAGACCUUCUGUCAGAAAACAAUCGUCUGCGAAUGGAACUGGAGGCAGUUAAGGAGAAGAUUGAAAUGCAGCAUUCGGAAGGAUACAGGCAAAUCUCUGCACUGGAAGAUGACUUGGCACAGACAAAAGCUAUCAAAGAUCAACUUCAGAAAUACAUUCGAGAACUUGAGCAAGCAAAUGAUGACUUGGAAAGAGCAAAAAGAGCCACUAUAAUGUCCCUUGAGGAUUUUGAACAGCGUUUAAAUCAGGCUAUUGAAAGAAAUGCUUUUCUGGAGAGUGAGCUGGAUGAGAAAGAAAACCUUCUGGAGUCCGUGCAGCGUCUGAAAGAUGAAGCUAGAGAUCUACGACAAGAGCUUGCAGUGCAGCAGAAACAAGAGAAACCCAAAACACCGAUGCAAACUACUCUGGAAACAGAAAGAACAGACACUGCAGUUCAAGCGUCUUUAUCUGUGCCUUCAACUCCCUUGGUGCACCGGGCACCCAACAUCAACAUACCCACCCCUGUGACAUUUAGGAGAGGUCUUGAGGACAGUUAUGGUGCAACUCCUCUUACACCUGCUGCAAGAAUAUCUGCACUUAACAUCGUGGGAGACUUGCUGCGAAAAGUGGGGGCUUUGGAGUCCAAACUUGCAUCUUGCCGAAAUUUUGUGUAUGACCAGUCUCCAAACAGAACCACGGUGUCUAUGUACAUGAACAGAGAUGUUCUUGAAACACGCCUGAGUCAUCAGCCUCUGUGUGAUACAGGGUUAGUGAAACGCCUGGAGUUUGGAACACGGGCUUCAAAUAUUCCAGGACCAGUGAGCCAUCCCUCGCAAAGUGUUGUCAAGAUGCUGCUAUGAAAAGCCUGGCUGGCUUUGGAAAAGGAAUAUAUAUAAACAUAUAUAUUUUAAACUUUAGUUUUAAAGAAAAUAUCAAUGAGCAAACAGGCAGCAGUCUCAGGGGAGGUGAGAACUGAGCAAGAAGCUGCAACUGGCAAUGGCCUCCUGUGGCCUUGCCCAGUCUGGCCUUGGCCAAGUUCUGUGGGUAGUGUGAUAAAGCAAUGCCGCCUAGCAGUGCAGGACUUAAAUUGCUUCAUACAUCAGUUGCUGUACAUGGCUCACUGAAAGUUGUUUCUUUUGACACUGCCAGUCAAACUCAUUGUCCCUCUACCUACAACAGAGACAGUAUUCCCUAUGCAGUUCCUCAGGCUUUGGCUUUUGGUGUUAAUACAGCACCAUGGCUUAAGUUCUAGUUGUGCUGACUUUCUAUCAUGGAUGUUGUGUGCUGCAGUCACCCAAAUUAGAGGAGUAUUUUUACCUGGAGAAAGGCGUAUUUCUGUGGGGAAGAUGCUCAGCUCUGUGGGAUGUUUGCUGGUCAGAAUCUUGCUACACAAAAACCUGCCUCUAUAGUGGUAAGAUGGUUCUGUAAGCAAUGAUUUGCCGUUAAGAACAAGUCAUGGUUAAAGGUGAGGAAUGCCUAGUGCUUAAGAGUACUCAGGAGAUCCCAGAGCUAACAGCAAGGUAGGAGACUUUGGACUUGCUUAGCAUACAGACAUCUUUUUGCCAUAUUGUGACCCAUAAAGCCUGGUUGUUGUAGGAAGCAAGAGAGCUGAUUAAGUUCCUAGUUCUAACAUCUGAAUAGGUAGGUUUUACUGCUUUCCAAACAUCCCUUUAUUAAUGUGCCUUGGGUAUUAAUGAUUUUUUUCUUGUUUUAUUAUUUUUUCUAUGAUAAUAUAUGCUAGUUGUUACUAAUUUAGAAAUGGGUUUUUAACCUGAAAACUUCUUUAUGCUAGACAAAUGUAUACGAGUAGAGAAUUAUUUUUAAAUUAGUUUUUUCCCCUAUAGAAUAUUACUGUGUUUUUCUUUUUUUUUUUUUUUUUUUUUUAAUUGAAUAGGUGCACUCACAGUAUUAAUGUAUCUUAUGGAAGCCUGUACUUGCAAAUAAUAAUCAUGUAAUCAUGACUAAACAAUUUAUGGUUUCUUUGCAGGGGGUGGGGUAGGGAGGGCUUGACAAAAGAAUGCAUAAAUGGGUUUGGGUAUUCUUGUUUUUAUUUUUUGUUUUGUUUUGAGGGUUUUUUUAUGUUGCUGUGGGUUUUUGGUGGGUAUGUUUUUGUUUGUUUGGUUUGGUGUUUUUUUUUUUUUUUUUUAGAAAAUACUGUGAAAACAGCCACCGAUGCAUCUAUUUCUCUGGAAUAGGAAAUAACUACAGAUCAUUUCCAUAUCUACAAAGUUGGCUUAACUGGGGAGCAGAAUAAAGCUUAUUUUCAAUGCUA